GACGACCCCUCCACGAUAUUUGCCUAGCCCCCCUUGCUGGAGGACAUCUUCAUCCUUUCACUGUGAUCAUCUUUGUAAGCGCUUCUUCUCUGUCUUCAGUCAGUAAUUGACCUGCCACAAGAUGAGGGGUGUUAGUGUUUUGUUUAUAUUAGGAUUAUACACAGCAUGCGGGUCUGCGCAGUUUCUGAACAACAGGCCUUUCCCUACCUACAGUCUGGAGAACAUGCCAGAUACAGAAUUUUCCUGUAGGGACAAGAUCUUGGGAGGUUACUAUGCUGAUGUGGAUGCACAAUGCCAGAUGUUCCACAUUUGCGUUAAAGUCGCUGGUGUAGGGGUACAAGAUUUCCGCUUCUUAUGUCCCAAUGGAACAGCAUUUGAUCAAGAUCAUCAAAUCUGUGCAGAAUGGGAAGAUGUAGAUUGUGAUGCUUCUACCCUUUACUAUUCCAGCGACAACUUUGAUCUUUACAGACUAGGUUCAGGUUUCGAAUCGAAAGCCAAGAAAUACGGAGAGGACGAAGAAACAUUCGGCUUACAACGUGCUGAAACAGGAGACGUAAGGUUGAACAGAGAACACCAAACGCAACGUGUCAACCAACAAAAGGAAACUACCUACAACAAUAACAGAAAAGCGCAUCAACAGCAAUCUCACCGUCCAAACAAUGACCAUCAACAGCAAUCUCACCGUCAAAACAAUGACCAGGAUCACGAACGCGAUAUUUUCAAGGGUUCUAGUAGCUCUAACUUCUUCAACAACAGAAACGGUGGAAAAGAAACCGAGGACGACUACGAUGACAACGUGAAUGCCAACCAGAAUAACGAUCAAUUCCAGAAGAGAAAACUGAACAGGAAACCAAUGAGAAGGCCAGUUAAUAACAAUCAACAACAAGACACAACCUCCGCUCCGGUCCCAACACCUAAGAGAAUCAAACAAACUCAACCAAGGCUCGAAGAGAACCAAACAAACAGACCUCAGAAACCAACAGGUUUCAUAAACAAUUUUGCAGGAAGCAGCUAUGUGCCAACAACAACCCCUAGAGGUACAACAACCUUGACCAACGAAAGAUACACUGUAGCUGUUAAUAAUCACAGAAAUAGAAAUAGCGUACGACACAGAGCCCAAAUUCCAGAUCGCCAAUACAACAGUGCUGAUAACUUCAGGCAAAGUCAGAGUACCAGUGAACCAUUAACAGUAUCUACUCCAGCACCUUUCAGACAAUCUAAUCAGUAUAACAAUCCUCCUUCAAGACAAUCGAACCAAUACAAUAACAACUACAACAAUCAACAAAACUACCCAACUACACCAGCAUUCAAUAAACAAACCACCCAGAACUAUCCAAGAGCUAAUAACAACCAGCAAAACGAUGAAUAUAAUGACGAAGAUUUCGAUAUUAAAAAGUCUACAAAAGUGACCGAAAAUUAUCCACAGAAAACCAAUUUUGAAGUCAAGAAAUCGCCUGCUCCUUUCCAAAAUCAAAAUGACAACUAUCCCACAACUUUCUCACCCAAGAAACAAUACUAUCAAACCACAACCAAGAAAGUUGAAAAUUAUCCGACUACAUUUUCACCAAAAGCCAAUCAAGGUUACAACACAAUUUCCCAAGUAACCACCCAAUACAAUACCAACAAUCAAAACACCCAAAAUCAGAAGCAGCAACAGAGCAAUUAUCAAAACAACCAGCAACAGCAAUUCAACACCCAAAAACCCCAACCAUUUAGUAGUCAGAAACCAAACAACCAAAAUACACAACAACCUCAACCUUUCUCGAACCAAAAAUCCAAUAAUUACAACCAGUUCAACUCUCAGAAAACAAACUACAACCAACAAAGCACACCUAAGACAACACCAUAUACUCAGUACACUCCAACUAUUCCAAAAAUUACCUCAACUACACCUAUAAGUAGGUCCAAUAGAUUUGAUGAAACCCAGUAUGAUGAUGGUUCUUACAACGGAAAAUACGAUUAUGAUGACAGACGUGACGAUGAAUUCUUGAAGACAGCACAUAGUCAAAACAUUGCAAAGAGCAGGAACGACUUGGCGCAAUCACACAGAGCUCAAGAGCAGAGUAAACAAGCGAAGAGCAAAGGCCAAUAUGAGUCCCCACGACCCUUCUCAGUUACUCCAAAUGCACCAGCCAAACAAGAUAACACACGUCCAUCUCAACCAAUUACACCAAGGUACACACAGCAGCAACCUGUGAACAAACAAAGGAACCAACAACCAGUGUCUUCCACAACACAGGUUCCUAAAAAAACUAAAGAUGUCAGCUACGAUUAUGCCUACUACGAUUCGAAUGGAAGUGAAGCAGAAUAUGACAUCGACACGGAAAUAAAGAAAUCCUCUGCGAAAAACUAGAACUGAAUGAAUGUUAAAAGUUGAAUAUUGUUGAAAGUCUGUGUUAAACUCUUAAUGUUUAAACAAUGUUGCCACCAAGAAUAAGAAAUAUUUCCCAAAACAAUGGAUAUUUAAGCCUUAAUCUUAUAUUUAAGAUUGUACAUACUGUAAUAUUCUAUUCUUAUGAGUAAAUUACUGUUAAAUUUU